GGAGCGUAGGCUACGCGCUAGGCGGCAGCGCUCAUACGCUACUGCAAGCGCUCCAUCGGCAUCCUCGCGCUCUGAUUGGUCAGUGUUUUCCGUUAAUAUCUCCUCAACGAAACCUCGGACAACAUUUUCGCUAAGGAAAAAGUUGUUUCAAAUCACCCCCCGAACCACCUCUUUCAAGGUGUUACAACAUUUCUGGGACACCCUGUAUUCAAAAAUUCCAACAGCAAACUAAACAUUUGUUUCCAAAAUAAGUUUAUUCGUAGACGUCUGGUCGCUCGACACUUUUUCUUACAAUUAAUAGAAUACAUCGAUAAAGUUUGGUUGAACGUUUUAGUAGCACCCUUUAUUCGCCCGAAUGCAACGUAGAACUGUCCUCUAUGUACGGUACUGGACGUGUUAUCCCCUCCAUGCGGUAUUACGAUUACGUUCGCCAUAUCAUUGAGCGUGGUGCUUCACUAUAUCAACCGGUAUAUCGAGAAUCACGAACAAUCUGUAUCGGGAUAAUACGCAUUUGCAAAUGUGGUACCUUUCGAAAUAUACUGCAAUUGAUUUUACGGAGAUAAUCACAAAGUUAAGCCGAUAAAAGAAAGUGUUAAAAAGCACAUCCUUGUAUAAAGUUUGGUGGACAUGGAUGCUAAUUUAUGUGAAAAAAAUGAAAUGCUAGUGCAAGCAGGUGUUGUUACAUUCCAAGACAUAUCAUGUGACAAAAAUGAGAAAACAGAAGUAUCUAAUUGUCAAUGUAUAGUCAAUGAUGAAUUGACAUAUACACAAACAAAAGGAAAGGCAUUACACAUAGAUGCAACAAACAUUCCUUCCAAGCUAAAGAAAAGUUUGUCUAAAAUUAAAGUAAAAAAACCUAAACUUGAGCGGGAAUCAAGUUAUGAUUCUACAAAGUUAGAAGAUAGUCCAGCGCAAGUAUUAGAGCGAUUUAAACGUGGAUGUGAAUGUCAGGAUGAUCAGUGCUUUAAAGGUCUAAAUUCUGAAACUGUAUACCGGCACAGACUGAACAUUGCAGAAUUAACAAAGGCUGAACAUGAUAUGUAUUUAAUGGGUGUUACCAUGGCAUGCUUGACAAAUCCAUAUGAAACAGCAAGACAUACAGAGCGGCGUAGAUUGCGAGCACAGUAUGUGUAUCAAGGUCGAAGAGUUUGUUUAGAUGCUUUUUUAUACUUAGAGAACUGUACGCAUUACCAAAUAAAAAGAAUUAGGAAACAUUUAAUGACUCAUGGCGUGACACCGCGGGUUCAUGGAAAUCACGGAAAAAUUCCACACAACACGUUUUCCUUAGAUAUUUAUAAAAUUGCCACAGAAUUUUUAAAAAAUUUUAUGGAACUUCAGGAAGCAAAACAAAAAACUAAAGUUGCUAAACAUGCACAGUUACAUCUUCCGUCUGAUAUUACGCGUAAAGUAGUAUAUGAUUCGUAUAUACAAUAUUGUAGGAAACUAUCACCUAAUAUUAAAAUAAUGGGAUAUUCGACAUUUAGGAGAUUUAUGAAAGUUCAAUUUCCGCAAGUAAAGUUUGCAAAAUUAGAAUUUGUAGUUAGAAAUCAAAGUGUACAAAGUCAAGGGUGUAGCAAAACAGAUUUGGAGAAGAAGGAUCUCGCGGAUGAAAAAUUAUCCGAGUCAGCAAACUUAAUAACAGAGGAUGGUGCCUUAUUACCUUUAUUAAUUGCUAGUGAAACGGGACAAAGCGAUACUUAUUUUUUGACACCAGUCAGCAAAUUACAAGAUGGUAUAAGUUAUCAGAUAACUACAAGUGGGCUUCUAGUCAAUAAACCAGCAUUGCCCAUCACUUUAACUAAAGUAAACGCUAUUUAAAAAUAAAAAUUUUUAUAUAUAAAAUAAUAUA